UGACCUGAAAGCGGCCGUUUCCGGAAGCCGGCUGCCGCCCCGCCGCCAGACCGGUGCUGGCACGGGGAGCUGUACGCGCACCGCCCUGCGGCCCCGGCGCUGCGCCUGGCUCGGACCGCUGGGCGCGGAGAUGGCCCUGCUGUGCUACAACCGGGGCUGCGGCCAGCGCUUCGAUGCCGAGAGCAAUUCCGACGAUGCUUGCACAUACCACCCAGGUGUACCAGUCUUUCAUGAUGCAUUAAAGGGUUGGUCUUGCUGUAGGAGAAGAACAACGGAUUUUUCUGAUUUUUUAAGCAUUGUAGGCUGUACAAAAGGUAGGCACAAUAAUGAAAAGCCACCUGAGCCAGUCAAACCUGAAGUCAAGACUACUGAGAAGAAAGAACUAUCUGAAUUGAAACCCAAAUUUCAGGAGCACAUCAUUCAAGCCCCUAAACCAGUAGAAGCAAUAAAGAGGCCAAGCCCAGAUGAACCAAUGACAAAUUUGGAAUUAAAAGUAUCUGCCUCCCUAAAACAAGCACUUGAUAAACUUAAACUGUCAUCUGGGAAUGAAAAAAACAAAGAAGAAGACAGUGAUGAAAUUAAGAUUGGGACCUCAUGUAAAAAUGGAGGGUGUACAAAGACAUAUCAGGGUCUACAGAGUCUAGAAGAAGUCUGUGUAUAUCAUUCUGGUGUACCUAUUUUCCAUGAAGGGAUGAAAUACUGGAGCUGUUGUAGAAGAAAAACUUCUGAUUUUAAUACUUUCUUAGCCCAAGAGGGCUGUACAAGAGGGAAACACAUGUGGACGGCAAAAGAUGCUGGGAAAAAAGUUGUUCCAUGUAGACAUGACUGGCAUCAAACUGGGGGUCAAGUCACAAUUUCAGUAUAUGCUAAAAAUUCACUUCCAGAACUUAGUCAAGUAGUAGCAAAUAGUACAUUGUUAAAUGUGCACAUUGUAUUCGAAGGAGAGAAGGAAUUUCAUCAAAAUGUGAAAUUAUGGGGUGUGAUUGAUGUAAAGCGAAGUUAUGUAACUAUGACUGCAACAAAGAUUGAGAUCACCAUGAGAAAAGCUGAACCAAUGCAAUGGGCAAGCCUUGAACUGCCUGCAACCAAAAACCAGGAAAAGCAAAAAGAAGAUAAAACAGAAUAAAUGGAGAGGGAAUAAAAAGUUAUUGCCUAUUUCAGAAUUCUUAAUUUGUGGUGAAGUCGUGGCUUGCUGCUGUAAUCUUUUGUUUUGCUGUUGUAGUUGAAUCUGUCUGGUAUUUCAGGGUCAACAGUGUAGGUUCUUAAAAGCCAAAGUCAGUUUAUCUUUUUGUGCCUCCUUUUUUAUUUUAUUUUUUUUGUUUGAAGAUUGAUUAUUCAUUUCUCCUCACUAAUAGAACUAUAGUUGUGUCCCAUACUUGAAGAAGCUAGAAAAUAGCUCAUAAGUAGAGUAGUUCUUAGUAUAAUAUUGUGUUAAACAGAUAAAUAUAAAGUAACAUCUCUUUCUGUUAUUCCAUAAUUAGUAAAACAAGAUGGAAUGUCAAAUUUUUAAUUAGUUUUUUCAUGAGUUUGUGUUCCUAUAAUACUUGAAAAAUCUUUCUUUAAAAGUUAAAGCUCCGCAAUGUUUUUUUCCACUUGGACGGUUAAUUUCUGUAGGAGGAUUAAUUGUGAGGUAGUGUAGUAACUAAAUAAAGAGGAAUAUAUGCAUUGAUUAAUAAAUUACAAUUUAUCUGCAACUAAUUGCAAAAAAUUUAUAUCAGUACCUAUAUAUAUUACUUGCAAGGCAGUAUCACUUAAGAAUACAGGAAAGAUAAAUAAAAAAUAUAGAGGUAUGAAUUUAUUUGAAAUUCAUCAUUUUAUAAGACUAAGCAAUAAUGUUAAAUAUCUCCUGAUUAUUUAUAAGGUCUUGGUAUGGUGUGAUGGCUAAAUUGUAUCUGAAUCAUAGGCCACACCCUCUUAAUAUUUUUAAUUACAUAUAAAGAGAAACUAAAUAUAUAUAUCUGGCUUUCCUGUUGGUAAACUAUAUAAAAUUAUAGAAAUACAUUAUGGAAAUACACUUGUUUCAGAAAACUAAAUAUUUGAGCUUUGCUUUAUGACAGCUAUUACAUAUUAAAUAAAAAUAGUGUAAUUGUUUUAUUGGUUUUAGGCUUUCAUGAACAGUUUGACAAUUCUAGGUGAUACAAUAUUGAUUAUAUAUUGUACUUUAUUAAAUAAGUAUCACAGAAUUAGAUUGUUUAUGUUUAUUGAACCCAUUAUAGGAUAGAUUACUUUUUGAGGUAGUGCAGAGCUCACAAAGAAAAUGAAAAAUGUUAUGAAGGCCAAAACUGGCAGAAUUUUUGGGCAUGAAUUAUGCUUGCAUAGAUUAAAAUGAUUAUUUCCUAAGCCCUUUGAGUGGUUCUUCCCCCGCCCCUGUCCCCCUAUACCCCCUCCCCCGCGAUGAAUAGGAUUUUUAUCAUGGAAAAUUUGCUGAAAUACAAUUUUAGUUAAAGGGUAUAUCUCACUCUAUAAAUAACUAUUAGAUGGAGUUAUGUAAUUGUUAAAUGGCUUAGCUCUGUUACAAAUAAAGAUGUAAAAUAUGGCAACUAGGCUUUCAUGAUACUAAAAUACUAUGGCAAGAAAUUUUUGGCAGUAAAAUUGGUAUCCAAAUAGAGUAUAGAAGUGCAUUGUAUUUAAAUUUUGUAACCUUAGCUUUCAUAACUUAGGACCUGGGUUCGAUAGGACACAUGCAAUCUUCAUUGUUUAGGGCAGUGGUUGGCAAACUCAUUAGUCAACAGAGCCACAGUUUCCCGACCACUGGUUUAGGAGAAAGGUUGCUAUUAUUUUGAUUUGAGGUAAUGAAUUAAUGUACCUUUUUUUUUAUGUGUCCUCCUCUGAGGCUAUUUUCCCCUAAACACAACCUUACUAUAUUCGGUGCGAUUGAACUAUUAUUUAAAGCAAGUGGAUUAUACACCUAAGAGUUAGUUACAAAGUACUGACUUUUGUAUUUUUGGAUACAGCAUACUCUUUAGUCUGGUUUCAUUAGUGACCCUUCUGUUCUUCAUUUCCAUGAACCUCUGAAUUUGCUGGCCAGAUAAAAAUCUAAAUGAUACUUCUCUUAAACUCAUACAUAUAUACAUACAUAUAGCAACACAUUUAUAAUUAGGUAAAAUGUGUUUUUUAUCAGUCUUUCAAAAAAUUAAAAUUCUUAACUUUUAUUAAGUUGUUUCUCUAGAAAUAUACCUUGUCUUUCUCAGCAUUGCGAGUAAUUACUAUAGCAAAGCAGUCAAAGCUAGGUUUAUUAUAUACUUGGUAACUAAUUUGACAGCUAAACUAAUCAUGGGAAAAAUUAUUUUUCUUGUCUAGCACAUUUGCUAGUAUAAAGGUCCUAAGAAGUUGAGCUUUUAUUUCUUUUCAACCUCUUCUUUUUAGGUAAGUUUAGAUUUACAGAGGAGUUGUAAAAAAAAAGUACAGAGUUUUUUAUAUGUUAUGUUAAUCUUCCUCUUGUUAAAAUCUUACAUAAUCAUAAAACAUUUACAAAACUCAGAAUUAGUCUUGAUACAAUACUAUUAACUAAAGUAGACCAUUAAUUUUGACCAUCCGUUUUUAGAGGAACACUAUUAAAUGGUAAUUCUUGAGACGUAUCCUAAGUUUUGGUAAUAAUUUAAGCCAGGAAUUUAUAAACCAUUAAAAAUAUAAAUUGAAAUCAAUCAACCAUAGACAAAUGUUUAUAGGUCAAAGAUGUAACUUCUUGUUCUAACCAUAUACUGGCAAAGGACUGUAGUCUAUUUUAUUAUAAUUUAUAUUUUAUACCAUCAAUUUUAAUUUUUAUCAUGUAUAACUUUUGUUUGGUUUUCUUUAGACAAUUCUUCAGCCAUCUUAUGGUAAAGAGAACCUUGCAAAUGCAUUAAGUGUUUGGAUUAUUGCUCUGCCACCCCUUUUUAAAAAAAUCAGUCAUUCUCCAGUUUAGAAAUGCUUGUCAUGCAUACACCCACAAUAAACUUUUUAAAAACUCAUGUACAAGGCCUGAUGUCAGUUUUAGGGCAUUUGGGUUUGUACUCUUACAACUUUUUUUUUUAACAGCCAGGUACUUUCAAGUUAUCAGAACAUUAACGAGUGUUUGUGUUUCAUUACAAAUUACUUUGAUCUAGAACUCAUAUUUGGUAUUUGAUUUGAUUCUGUUGCUUAUAUAAUUUCUUGUCCUCAGUUCUAAAAUCGAAAAUCUAAGUCCGUCUUGUUUUUAGGUUUUGUUACUCGUUUUUGGGGGUUGUUUGUGUUUUGUUGUUGCUGUUGUUGUGUGUGUCUUUUUCCCCAUAUAUUUUCAUUGCUGUUUUGUUGGGUAGUUGGUUUUUUACCUGAUUGCUUUCUUAUUGUUCCAAGUAUCUUACAACUUAAACUCAUCUGGAAUUGCUGCAUGGCGUGCCUUGUUAAGUAAGGGUAGGCGCACAGGGUUGUAUAAUGUGGUAUUAUCCUUAAAAUACUGGGCUUGCAACAUUUUCUUCUGUGUAGUUAUUGUUUGAUGUUAAGUUUUUAUGUAGUUCUUAGUUGUAAUUCAAGAACAGUUUUUCUGAACAGCAUAUUUUUAUUAAAUGCUAAUUAAUGACUUUUUAGUUUUCCAAUUUACAAGGUUAUUUAAUGUCUAUUAAAAUGAAAUAAAACUUCCAGCCUUAAACAUUUUUACGUUACUUAAAGAUUGUGUCAAAAUAAUUUAACUUGUCAUUCAUUUUUGAUUAUGCUAUUGUCCAGAUGGAUUAUCUUUUUUUAAGGCUGAUAAUUUGAGUAAAAGCACUGGUGUUAAUCCUGGGAACAGGGAAACCUCUCUCCUCAAAAAAUGGGUAUAUUAAUGUUUUUUAAUGCUUAUCCUUUCCUUCACAAUGUUUAUUUCAGUUUGCAGUUCCAUACUUCAUAUUUUAUUUCUAUGAUUAAUUUGUCAGUGUCUGUAUCUUCUCAUAAACUGCAUAUAACUUUGUGUUUGGGCCAA